AGCGGUAUCUAUCAUCAAGAGAAAGAUGUCGCCCUUUAUUUUUGUAUUGCUGAGGUGUGACUUGUGGCCUGUCGACUGAAAAAUGAAAUGAUAAUACUCUUGGCGAUCCCAGUUGCUGUUUUUUUAGCAUACAAAUUGCUUAAAUGGUUCCCCAUGACUUCCACGUUAUUCCGUAUAGUGUAUACAUUGUACACCAAGACUCCACUAGGAUAUCUCUUCCAUUUACAUCAGCUCAACCAAUACAAAUCCAGUCACGACCAGCCUCAUUCUAAUGUGACAGCCUGGACAUGUAAUGGGAUCAAGAUUAUCCCUAUAGCUAUCUGCUAUGAUAACUACAGCUAUCUUAUUAUUUCUUUGGGCAACAAGCAGGCAGUCCUUGUUGAUCCAUCAGAUCCUGAUACAAUAAAGGAGGUGGUUGCCAGAGAGAAUGUAAAAUUGGAGGCCAUAUUAACAACACAUAAGCACUGGGAUCAUAGUGGUGGUAACCGUGCUCUGCAGGCUCAUUUUCCUGGAAUAGCCAUUUAUGGAAGUCCUAUUGAUAACAUUCCAUCACUUACACAUCCAGUUGAAGACAAUGAUGUUAUCAGGACUGGCUCAAUUAAAUUCACGGCAAUAUUUACACCAGGGCAUACAUUAGGUCAUACUGUAUAUCUUCUUGAUGGCGCACCAUUUGAUGUACCAGAUUCAUUGUUUUCAGGAGAUCUGUUAUUUCUAAGUGGCUGUGGUCAAAUAUUUGAAGGCCAGCCAUCUGAGAUGUUACAUUCACUGCAGAUGAUAAGUGUAUUGAAAGAUAAUACACUAUUAUGGCCAGGACAUGAGUAUGCUGCCAAGAAUCUUAUGUUUGCACUAACUAUUGAGCCAAACAAUCCUUUUAUUCGUUCCAAGUUGGAUUCAGUACUUGCUUUGAGAACCAACAAAUGUAACACUUGUCCUUCAACCAUUGGAGAAGAGAAGUCGUAUAAUCCAUUUCUUAGAACUCAUAUAACUGAUGUGAUAAGUGCUGUUGGUCUUGACGUAUUACCUCCAGAACAAAAUGAAAACCUUCACGCCUCAGUGCUCAAGGCUCUAAGAGAGCGUAAAAAUAAUUUUAAAUAGCUAUAGUUAACGUUGUAACAGACAUUGAUGAUAAGUGUUUGUAAUAUUUGUUGGCCAUUGAAGAAAUAGAAAACGCGCGCGGUGCUGUUUGCUGUCCAAUCAAAUCGCAAGAUUCAAAACAGGUAUUUUUGCUGCCAGCCACCAAGCGAGUAGCGACACUAAUCAUGCACUUUACUCCAAUGGGAUCUCUGAAGUGCUUCAGCGGGUAUCAACUAUGUUCAAUCAAUGUUUCUGUCAUAGACAGUUUAGUUAUCUGUUCAAGCAAGAAAGACAUGUAAUCUAAAUCAUUUCAAACUUUUUUAUCUGAUGUUUUAUUUAUUUAUUACUUAUCUCACGAACGAUUGAGGGACAUCUUAUGGUAAAAGCAAAUCUAUUUUUUAGCCUUCCUUGAUGCUUUUGUGGACAGUGGCUACGAUAAAUUGUAUCCUCUAAAGACAAAAUUGACUUUAUUUGGAUGUUUUUGUGGUCCAUGUCUACCAUAAAAAUUAGUGUUGUCCCUGAAUGAAGUUAGUAUAUAAAAACCAGCUUACUUUUGACCCGCAUAUUUAAUGGGGGUUCUGCAUCCGGUGCGGGCCGGUGCUCUCCCCCAAACCCCCUCUCGACCAGUAGAGGGAGGGGGUGGUCUGAGUCGUAUCCAUCUUUAGUAGAUGAGGCAGUAAGCCGAGCCCAUCCCACGCUGCUUACUGCCUCAUCUAUCUAGUACUACUUUUUCGUGGGAUUGCCAGCUCACUAGAUACACUGUGCUGACGAGGCCCAAUACAGGCCGAAACAGCUGUCCACGGCUUUACAGUUGAGCUGGCUCAUUUUUUACGCGACUUGAAGUUGUGAAAGGCUUGUAUGGCACUCUACUUCAGUCGUUUCAUCUUAGGCUCGUAAUUUACCUAUUACGCAUGUUGGUAUCUAUUUUUAGAUGGGUGGAUUACACCACCACGACUGUGAGCUCUCCUCCUUACCCCCUCCGUGCCGGUAGGGUAAGGGGUUGUCUGAGGUACUAUAUCUAUUUAUAUUACCAAGAUAAUACCAUUAAUCACGAAGCAAUCGAAGGAUAAUAGCCUUAACCUAAUAAAACAAAUUUUGAAAUUU